AUGGCGCUGAGAGGAGUGUGGCAGCUACAGAAGCUGGUAAUUAUGGAAUCAGAAUUGCCCGCACUGAGGGAGAAGAAUCCGCAGCUGGAAGUGAUUACGGAGCUUUCACGAGGACAACAUCCUUAUUUGAAGGGCAUUUACAGAAACAGAAAUGAAAGGGUGGUGUGUGUGAAGAACAUGGAUCCUGAAGAAGUGCUUCUGAAUGCGACAAGGCUUAGGAACUCUCUUGGAAGGAAAGUUGUGAAACUCAGGACUCGACAUGUCACCAAACACCCCAGUGUUCAAGGCUCCUGGACUACCGCCCUCAAAUUCUGA